AUGUUAUCUUUUCGAAUCCCAUCUAUUAGAAGCCAACCUACGGCCUUUGCAGCUAAAGUAACAGACACCACAAAGACCGUGGCACAACUCAAGUCAGCUGCAACGCCCACGCCUCAUAGCACAGUCACGUGCGGAUACCAAGCUCACGUGGCGGGCUUCUUUCGAAACAUAACUGUUUUAUGGUCCAAGAAUCUCAUGAAUCAUUCCCUUACCGUCAUGGUCACGAGUUUAGACAAUGACAUGAACUAUUGCUGCAAGAUCGACCUCGUGAAGCCCUGGCAGUUCUGGAGCAAAAGAGGGUCAAAGUCAUUCGACGUAGAAGGAAACUUUGUGGAGGUCUUUUGGGAUCUAAGGGCGGCGAAGCUGUCUGGUAACGGUAGCCCCGAGCCGGUGUCAGAUUAUUACGUGGCAAUAGUGUCCAAUGAAGAGGUUGUUUUGUUAAUUGGAGAUUUAAAGCACAAAGCUUAUAAGCGGACCAAGUCAAGACCCGCGCUGGUCGAGGGGUUUAUAUAUUUCAAGAAAGAGAGUGUUUUUGGAAAGAAAACGUUUUCGACUCGAGCAAGAUUCGACGAGCAGAGAAAGGAGCAUGAAGUGGUGGUGGAGAGUUCACACGGUGGAGACGAUCCAGAGAUGUGGAUAAGCGUGGAUGGGAUCGUGGUCAUGCACGUGAAGAAUUUGCAAUGGAAAUUUAGGGGGAACCAGAUGGUGUUGGUUGAUAAAACUCAUGUGAUGGUGUACUACGAUGUGCAUGAUUGGUUGUUUGGAAGUUCAGAGUCGACAGCGAGUUCAGGGUUGUUUUUGUUUAAGCCUGUGGUGGUUGGAGGGUUGGUGGAUGAGUAUUUUAGCGAUACGGAGGAAGGAGACAGUGGAGGAGGGAGUCCUUUGAGUCGUUACAACUCGGCAUCAAGUGGUUAUGGGACAUUGCAUGACUUUUGUUUGUUUCUUUAUGCUUGGAAAGUUGAGUGA